CCGCUCCUUCACCACAAUAGUGUCUUCAACAUUUUUUCAGAGACAACCAUUGCCCUUUUUUUUUCACAACACACGACGGUGAGUUCCUGACGUGUACUGUGGUCGACAAAUUUUCAAAAUUUGACGGGGUCCAUUGCAUAAGUCAACUCGGGCUGAUGACUUCUUCCGUUGUCUUCAACAUUUUUUCAGAGACCACCAUUGCCCAAUUUUUUUCACAACACACGACGGUGAGUUUUCGAUGUCGACUGUGGUCGCCAAAUUUUCAAAAUUUGACAGGGUCCAUUGCAUAAGUCAACUCGGGCUGAUGACUUCUCCCGUCGUUUUCAACAUUUUUUCAGAGACCACCAUUUGCCCACUUUUUUCACAACACACGACGGUGAGUUCCCGACGUCGACUGUGGUCGCCAAAUUUUCAAAAUUUGACGGGGUCCGUUGCAUAAGUCAACUCGAGCUGAUGACUUCUCCCGUCUCUACCGUUGUCAAGGUUCUUCCUUUUCGAACCAAACAAAGUGCCAACCAUUUUUGCCGAUGAAGAAGUAGAAGUUAUGGUGGAUUCAGAUGAAUUGUUGGUGGAAUCUGAAAAUGAGAAUGUGGGCGACAAUAUGAUCAUAGUGGACGAUGAAACAGUUGGAGGAGAUGAUCGGAUUGUGCCUGUAGUGGGUAUGAAAUUAAAGAUGAAAAAGAAGCCUUCGACUUUUAUAAAAGAUAUGCUAAUGCCCUUGGCUUUCUAGUUCGAAAACAGAAUUCGAAGAAGGAUGACGAUGGGGUUUUGAGAUACGUUACAUUAACAUGUAGCCGUGAAGGUCGUCGAAGUGGUAAUACCAACGGUUCUUUAAAGCCACAACCAACAAUUUAGACAGGUUGUAAAGCAAGGAUCUCUACAUCUUCCGAUGUACUUGGUACUUGGAGAAUUAACACAGUCCACCUUGAACACAAUCACGAGACAAGUCCUUCAAAAUCUAGAUUGUACCGCUAUAACAGAGAAUUGAGUGACCAGGUGAAGUGAAGGCUCGAGGUUAAUGAUAUGGUAGGAAUUCCGUUGCACAAGAGUUUUAACUCUGCAGUAGUUGAAGCAGGCGGGUAUGAGAACCUCACAUGCGUGGAAAAGGAUUGUCGGAACUACAUUGAACAAGUGCGGCGACUAAGACUUGGAGAAGGAGAUGCCGCAGCCAUACAGUCCUAUUUUUCAGAAAUGCAAGCGAAAUGCUCGGGCUUUUAGUUUAGUAUUGAUUUGGACGGUGAAGGGUGGUUGAAAAAUGUUUUUUGGGCGGAUUAUUAAUGUAGGCAAGCGUAUAAGGAGUUCGGGGAUGUUGUCACAUUUGAUACCACGUACCUAACCAAUAAGUACGAUAUGCCGUUUGUCCCUUUUGUUGGCAUAAACCAUCACCGCCAAUCAACACUGCUUGGUUGUGGUUUGAUAUCGAAUGAGGAUACGAACACUUUUGUCUGGCUAUUUAGGAUAUGGCUUCAGUGCAUGCAUGGCCAACCUCCGCACAGAAUAAUUACCGAUCAGGAUAGGGCCAUGCAAAGUGCAAUUAACAUUGUUUUUCCACAUACAAAGUAUAGAUGGUGUUUAUGGCAUAUCCUAAAAAAACUACUUGAGAAGUUCGGAUAUCAUGUGGACAAGGGUUCAAUAUUUGCUACUAUUCACGAAUUGGUAUAUGACUCGCAAUUUAUUGAACAAUUCGAAGAUGGUUGGAGAGCAAUGCUCGAUACAUUUGAGUUGCAUGAUAAUGAUUAGUUAUCGGGACUAUAUGAAAAUAGAGGACAUUAGGUCCCUUGCUACUUCAAAAGCACAUUUUGGGCUGGAAUGUCGACCACACAGCGAAGUGAGUGUAUGAAUGCUUUCUUCGAUGAUUAUGUGCAUUCAAAGACCUCGCUAAAACAGUUUGUCGAACAGUAUGAACGAGCACUGCGAAAUAAAGUUGAGGAGGAAUUUUAGUCUGAUUUUAAGUCUUUUUCAUAGAUGGUACCAUGUGCUACAACAUACGAAAUGGAGAAACAAUUUCAAGAGGUCUACACCAUUUCCAAGUUUCGAGAAGUUCAAGCUGAGUUUACGGGAAAAGUUUACUGCGACCUUAUAUCUGCUUCGCAAGGGCCGUUGGGGAUAACGUAUGAAGUACAGGAGGAUGUUGUGUGUGGUGAUCGCCGAAAAAAGAAAAUAUUUUUUGUCACAUUUCAGAGAGAGUCAUGUGACAUUAGCUGUAGUUGCCACUUGUUUGAGUUCCGUGGAAUAAUUUGCAGGCACGCGAUCGCAGUGUUGAUUCGUAAUGAUGUUAACGUACUGCCAAAUCGCUAUAUACUGAGGAGAUGGAGGAGAGACGUAAGUAGAGCACAUACAAGGGUACGGGCUAGAGAGUACUCUUGGCCAAUUGAGAUACGACAAUAUGUGUCAGGCGUUCGCCUCUAUGGCAGACCUUGUAGCAGACGAUGAAGUCCGGUCACGUGUGGUAAUGGACUGGAUUCAAACCAUAAAGAAAGAGCUUAUGAUGCCAUCACCAAGCAGUGGAAGUAAUGUCUUAUGGCAUCACGCUUUUCAGUUACCCUUGCACGAUACUGGAUCACAAAAUACUGUCGUCCGAAGCAUAGGUGAUCCUAAGCAGUCAAAGAAAAAGGGUACGCCUAAGAAACUUCGAAGGAAAAGCCCCUUGGAGAUGCACUCGAAGAAAACAAAGGUGCCGUUGGUUGCAUGCAUAAGAAAAAAACCAGCCACUAGCCAUAGUGGCAUGGCGAAGGUUGCAUCACAUUCUCAGACAUCUCAACAACAACGAGUCUUGGGCGAUGAGGAAAGUUAUGCAGUCGCACAAUACCAACCCUCGUUCAAUAUGAUCCAACUAGCGACAACAAAUGUUAUGAUAAAUUCUGAUGGUAACGUGGUUUACAACUACUAUCCACAUGCACAGUAUGAAGGGGACACGACCAGAAGGCUCCAAUGAUCCAUUUAUGGGCCACCUUAAUGUCAAUAUGGUCAGGCUGGUGAAGCUUCAUUGGACGAACAUGAAGAGUUUACCGGGGGUAAUGAGGACAUUGAUACUGACGAAGAAGAGGCUGAAGUUGCUAGUUCUAAUAACAUUUCAGACUAACCUUUUAAUUAGUGGAACUUUAAGGGCAAGUUCCAUUGAUAGCUUCCUAUUUAUUCAUUAAUAGCAUCUUGUCCUCUGUAUCAAACAAGCUAUAAGUGGGCUGUGUUUUCAUUAUAUUUAGAUAGUGAGCCUUUGCCUCCUUGUCAACAUUUUUUGUGAAAUCACGUGGAAAAACUUGAGAAAGGAUUUGGUUUCUGUAAUAGGUUUAAAUUGAGCAAGCCC